GCACGGCCUGGCCACAUGCCUGCUUUCCAGCCCCAGCCCUUCCCCGUUGUCCCGCCCCGGCCCGGUUCGCCUCCAGCACUCGUCCGCUUCCGGUCUGUGCGAGCCCACGCAGCUCCCCAGGCACUGCGCUGGCACAGCCGCAGCAUGGAGGGUGUGGAGCAGCAUGAGGGCACCGUCCAGGUGCAGAGCCAGAGCCUCUUCUUCCGGGAGGCUCGGCCGGCUGGUGGGCAGGCCGCCCGAUUCUCUGUGCUGCUGUUGCAUGGGAUCCGCUUCUCCUCCGAGACCUGGCAGAAUCUGGGCACGCUGCUCAGGCUGGCCCAGGCUGGCUACCGGGCUGUGGCCAUUGACCUUCCAGGUCUGGGCCACUCCAAGGAAGCAGCAGCCCCUGCCCCUAUAGGGGAGCUGGUCCCCAGCAGCUUUCUGGCAGCUGUGGUGGAUGCCUUGGACCUGGGACCCCCGGUUGUGAUCAGCCCGUCGCUGAGUGGCAUGUACUCCCUGCCCUUCCUCACAGCCCCUGGCUCCCAGCUCCGAGGCUAUGUGCCCGUGGCCCCCAUCUGCACUGACAAAAUCAGUGCUGCCGACUAUGCCAGUGUGAAGACCCCAGCUCUUAUUGUCUAUGGAGACCAGGACCCCAUGGGUCAGACCAGCUUUGAGCACCUGAAGCAGCUGCCCAACCACCGGGUGUUGGUCAUGAAGGGGGCGGGGCACCCUUGUUACCUUGACAAACCCGAGGAGUGGCACACCGGGCUGCUGGAUUUCCUGCAGGGGCUAGCAUGAGGCCCAGCCCUGCUGUCCAGGGUGGGCUGCUUGCCUUUCUGGGGCUCUCUCUCCAUGCAUAUGCAACAGGUGUGUGUGUCUGUCUGUCUGAGUGCUUAUCUUUCCGGGUCUGUCUUUUCCUCUUUCUCUUGUAGUGACACGCGGAGGAGGUGAAAUCAAGAGAAAACAUUCAGGAAUCAAGGGACGUGAUCUGGUGGAGGGUAACCCAUGAGAUGCGCUUCUGCUAUAGGCCUUUCUGCUAGGCUCUUACUCCUUCCUCUGCUCUGCCCAGCAGGCUCUCACUCCUGCUUUGCCCAACCAACCCCACCUCCCUCCCACAUCUGCCUCCGCUGGCUGCCCCCGAAGGGCACUCCUAGCCCCUAUGCCACGUCUUAGGCCACACAUACAUACAUGCCCAUGUACAUGCUUACACAUGUUCCCAAAUAUGACCGGACAUACACGUACAUGCACCUGACUGAAUGCACGCUCAGGUGCAGCUUUGCGUUGCCUGCAGACACGCAUGCUUGUGCUUCUACACAAACACUAUCAUAGGCACAUGAGCCCUCCCAACCACGCAGCACCCCACUGUCUGGGAAGGUGGGGACCCCAGGGACCAGUCCUUGCAGGAGAUCCUUUGCCAGACUUAGGGUGUGGCCUGCCCUGAACUCUACUCACCCACAGGUUGCAGCUGACUCCAGACCAGAAUUGCCCCCUAAAGGAGAGGACCACCCUUUUGACCCUCAUAUCUCUGUUUUCCCUCUUUUUUCUGGAUGCUCCAGAUUAUCAGGCCUAGAUCUUCUGAGCCAAGCUUCUUUCCUGCUUCCAGGUUGGGGGGUAGAAAGGAGAGUGGAGAUCGUGAAAUAAAGUGAAGCAAUUAGA